GGGUGGCGCGCACGCUGUUCCCGGAUGUUUCGGCCCCAGCCCCAGCCCCGCAGGUAAAGGCGCCGCCGGAGCCGCUGCUCGAAGGGGAGUGUCUCCGAGUCCGUGUGGAGAGUAACCCCUCCCAAUCCCCCCCGGUGUUGACACCAUGAACAACAAGUUCGACGCUUUAAAAGACGAUGACAGUGGAGACCAGGAUCAACAUGAGGAAAACCACACACAGAAAGAGAAUGAGAAAGAGAAAACAGACAAAGAGAAGCCUCAAAAUAUUACCAAAAGGAAGACUGUUGUCCCUGGCCCAGGAGAACAUCCGCUACAGUACAACUAUACAUUUUGGUAUUCCAGGCGUACUCCAGGUCGACCCACCAGCUCACAGAGCUAUGAACAAAAUGUUAAACAAAUUGGAACAUUUGCUUCUGUUGAACAGUUCUGGAGGUUUUAUAGCCAUUUAGUUCGACCUGGUGAUCUCACAGGCCACAGUGACUUUCACCUAUUCAAAGAUGGCAUUAAACCAAUGUGGGAGGAUGAAGCAAAUAAGAAUGGUGGAAAAUGGAUUAUCCGUUUGCGAAAAGGACUAGCAUCACGUUGUUGGGAAAAUCUGAUUUUGGCAAUGCUGGGAGAACAGUUCAUGGUUGGAGAGGAGAUAUGUGGAGCUGUUGUUUCAGUUCGAUUUCAGGAAGAUAUUAUCUCAAUAUGGAAUAAAACUGCAAGUGAUCAAGCUACAACAGCACGCAUACGGGACACAUUGCGACGUGUUCUAAAUUUACCACCCAAUACCAUAAUGGAAUACAAGACUCACACUGACAGUAUCAAAGACAAUUCAAGCUUUCGAAAUACAAAAAUCACUUUAUGAGAUCUUCAUUACACUUAUUUGUUAAUUUGGAAGGUAUGGCAUGCUUUGUUUUAAAGAAGUAACCAUAUUUUUUUUAAAUUAACAAUACUUCAGAAUGGGAUGGUGCUCAAUAUGAAUCCUAGAAAAUAACAACAGGACAUUGUUAUUUCUGGGAAGAAUUACUCUAUUUUCAGUUGUUUUCACAAAAUGAAUUGCAUUUUUGUUUAAAGCCAGGCUGGGUCUGUUAUGCUAAUGUAUACUGUUUCUAUUGAGUUUUGCUUCCUUAGUUUUAAAAAUUGUGACUAUUGUAAAUGUUGGUGUUUUGUGAAUACAUUGUGUUAGAUAUGGGGAAAAUGAGUCUGCUUGCUGGUUUCACCUAAUUCCUAUCAUUUCAUUGUCAUUCAUCUUUGUAAGUUAUUUUCAUCAUUUAUUUUGUUAACUUCUCAAUUUUUUUAAUGGAAAAAUUGCUGCAACUCAAAUCUUUACCCUGGACUCAGAAAGAAUACCACAUUACUUGUCUGGUGCUAUUUCCCAAUAAACAGCACUUUAUGACUGAAAGCUUUGUGUUGUGUGUUAAUUCUGACAUCUGUUUACUUUAGCCUAGAGGUCUUCAAUGACAAGUUGCACAGUUAUUACAAAAGACAACCAAAUAACCAUGACAAAGGAAAAGACUAUUUAAUCUUUUAUUUAAAUGGUUACAUGUAAUUAAAAUGCUACUUUAAGGAGAACAUAAUAUUAGAUCAUAUCUGUGGUGUUAUUCAAUUCCUUUAUCUUUUGUUCUAACAAUACGGAAAAGGCAAUAUUAUCUUGGAUAAUAGAGGACUUCAGUAUCAUCGUUUUUAUGUAUGUGGUAUGAUGGGGAAUUUGCAGCUAUUCAUUUUUGUCUUUCUGUACUCUUGAAAUGUAAUGUACCAUGGUUGAAGUAAUUUAUAACAGCAUGCUUACAAAGUAUACUUGGAUUUUCUUUUGUAACAUGCAGAAGAACAAAGCAGGUCAGGCAGCAUCAAUGGAAAGGAACAAACUGUAGACAUUUCAGGCUGAGACCCUUCAUCAGGUCUCAGAUCGAAACAUCAGUUAAUUCCUCUCGAUAAAUACUGCCUGACCUACUGAGUUCCUCCAGCAUCAGCAGAAUCUUCUGUUAAUGUUCAAUGCUAGCAAAGAAUGUAAUCUAAGAUUUCAUUUAUGAACAUAUUCAAUUGCAUAGUUUCACCAUGCAAUAAACAUAAAAAAGAAACCUCAGUGUUAAAUGGCCAACUUUGAUUUUGAGGGUCUUGGCCCGAAAUGUCAACUGUGCUCUUUUCCAUAGACGCUGCCUGGCCUGCUGAGUUGCUCCAACAUUUUGUGUGUGGUGCUUUGAUUUUGAGGUGUGACUCCUGAUUCUGGACUCCUUAGAUAGGACAAAUGUACUUCUGCAUCCAUCCUGUUAGAAAUUUGACAGUUUCAGUGAGAUCUCCACUCAUUUUAUCAAACUGGAGGAUACGGGCCUGCUCUACUUACUCUACUCUCACUCAGGAUAUCUACCACAUCAACCAUCAGUGUUGCUAUGUGCUCCCUCUAUGGCAGGUAUUUCCAUCUUAGACAAAAUUCUAAAAUGGUUUCUAAUUGAAGCACAGCUCACAUUAGUUGAAAUCAUUGUUUCAGUGGAAACAGCAGACAGAGACACAAUUCAGUUGCAGUCAGAAAUGAAAAUGAGCAUGAACAAAAUUGCAAUGUGUAAACAGAAACCAGCCUGGCUGAACAAAUUGUGUUACUGUUGUGGCAGGGGCUCACAUACAAUGCAGAUCAAUGCAGAUUUUAAAAUGAAAUGUAUAGAAAGUGCAACAAAGUAGAAUACAUACAAAAGAGUAUGUUGACCAGACAAAAGUAAAUGGUGUGCACAGGGUGUGCAGCUCACAAAGUUCUUCCUCUUCUCUCAAAGUCAAGUUUUCAGGCUGAGCAGAAGAUUCAGAGAAAGGAUCCCUCACCCAGUCACACACUUGUGUUGAAAGGGAGGAAAGAUGGUGUUCAAUUUUGUUCUGCAGUUCUUCCAGAUGAUUUUCAAUAAGACCCAGUUUAUCUCACAAAACCUCUUCAGUAUCAUGUGACAUGUCAUUAAUACAUUGACCUAUCAUACUGUUUGAGAGUGAAACCUUUUCAAUUUCUCAUAUGAUAUCCUGUGCUAGCAUUUUACCUGCUAUAAUUUUACAUGCUGGCAUAAUUAGGAUCUUACCAACUCUAUGACUUUUCCUUUUCUGGGUAAUAAGUUCUGCUACUAAAUAACUUGCUCCUGAUUCCUUUCACUGACUGAAUUUAUUAACUAAAACUUUACUCUGUUUGCUUAGAGAUUCCAAUAGCCAUUUAAAAUAAUCAGCAGUUUUACAUGUCAUAUGGCUGUGACUUGUUAAGUGUCUUCAAUUUUGCUGGAGUCACUGCUGUAUCUGUAAGCUGUUUGCCGGAGACUAGGCACAAUGGAAUAGGACAACUUGGAUCACCAUUCCUUUGAUAAGUAGCUUUCAUUGUAAAGACAAAACUCAUUUAUGUGUCUGUUGUUGCAUUAGUGCAGUGAAAUGACUCAGAAGAUUAAUUCUUCAUCAUUAACCUUAUCAGAAUUGUCCAUGGGCUUAGGCCUAGAAUCCUCCUCUUCCAUCUUGCACCUCCUCUUCAAAAUUUGCCACAUUAGACCAUCAGGCAUGUUUGUAAAGUGGAGGGGUUAAUAAAAUACCCCUGUGUAUUUUACAUAGGGAGAGGCUGAUGUCACGGCCCAAGUUGGGCAAGUCCGUUCAAUGCUCGGAAAAUGCAUUUUACUUUCAUCAGUCUAUCAUCCUCCCCUCCAUGCAAUGCAGCGCUGACCAAUUAUCAACAGGCUUCCCUAUCUCCCAUCCAAAUACUGGGCUAACGAGAUUGCUAACAGGGCUGCUCGGUCACUGCCCACCACUGCGAGCACUAGCAUUGCUUGUAGUGCAAAGUUCAAAUAAUGAUAUAUAUUUUUAAUCACAAUAUCUUGCUGGACCCCAGUUGAAAAACACUGUAAGAGAGUUCAAGAAGCUUGAAGUAAGUCACAAACGUUUAGCUUUUGUGAAUGAAUAUAAAGGAACAGAAUCUACUCUGUGUGCAAUAAGGUUAUUGCAUGAAUUUCAAAUGGGAGACAAAAAGCUGCUUGUAAGGGUAGAUGGAAAGACCAGAACCCAGCUGGAUGAAUGGACGACCAUAAAGAAAGGAGUUAAUAGAGAUACAAAAACAGAGGAUGUUGCAGAUGAGGAAACCAAGAGGAGAAAUCAGAUUAUAAAGGGAGCAAUGGAAGGAUUAAUAAAAGAAUACUCCAGUAAACUAUAUGCACCUUCCCAAGAUCAAGAUGCACAAACUAUAAGAAGAAAGGUGUCCAGAGCUGUCAGAACCACUUCCUGUAGUCUCAGAGUCAACUCCUACAACCUCCACAGAGGAGACUCCAGAACCUGAAAUUGUUUUCACAGCCACAAAUCUCACCUGCCAAGCAGAGUGAUCCCCCUUGUCAGGAAAGGCGUUAGCCCACAAUAAUGAAAAAAUCCUCCACAACGAUUAAAUUUUUUGACCUAAAUGGGACAAUUUAAAAUUUAAUAUGCUGUGGAUGUUUGUAUAUAGCCAUAAGAUAUAAGAGCAGAAUUAGGCCAUUUGGCCAGUUGAGUCUGCCCCACCAUUUCAUCAUGGCUGAUCCAAUUUCCCUCUCGGCCCCAAUCUCUUGCCUUUUCCUCAUAUCCCUUCAUGCCCUGACCAAUCAAGAAUC